CUGAGGGAGGGAGGGAGUGGCGCUCGGUGUGUCGGUGGGACGUGGCCAUCGCUCGGUCCUCGGGCUCCAUCCCGGAAAUGGCUGCCUUUUGCUCCUUAUAAGGCGCUGGCGGUGAGAGUGAGGUAACCAGCGGCUGCUGUAUAACAAAUCCCUCAGCAACUCUCAACAAGAGCUCCAGCGAGAAGCUUAACAUGGGCAAAUCAGCUUCCAAGGAGUUUUCCCGUGAAGUUUUAAAAACUCACAACGAUUAUAGGAAGAAACAUGGUGUUCCGGGAUUGCAACUUUGCAGCAAACUCUGUAAAAAUGCCCAACAAUACGCGGAGGUUCUGGCCAGCACUCGGGUCCUCAAACACAGCCCGGAGUCCAGCCGCGAGCAGUGUGGAGAGAACCUCGCCUGGGCAUCGUAUGACCAACCCGGUAAGGAGGUGUCUGAAAGAUGGUACAGUGAGAUGAAGAAUUACAAUUUUAAUUGUCCUGGAUUUUCCUCGGGUACAGGUCACUUUACAGCAAUGAUCUGGAAAGGCAGCAGGAAGCUGGGAGUUGGGAAGGCCUCAGCCUCCGAUGGCUCAACGUUUGUAGUCGCUCGAUAUUUCCCAGCUGGCAACAUCACAAACCGGGGCUAUUUUGAGGAAAAUGUUCUGCCUCUGAAGAAGUAAAUUUCUAGAAUUUGAAAAGGACUGUGGAUUCCAUCAGUAGUAAAGAAAGAAGGAUAUGAACUCUUGGACAUUCACCUUUAUCAUUUAUCACCCAAUGAUUUGAUCCUGCAACAUCUUCAUCGUACAUUUCCUUAUAUAAUGCUUAAAAGGUCUUGUUUCUGAUAAACCUAUUGUGCCUUAUUUACAAAUUACAAAACAAGCCAACCAUUUGAAACCAGACAGAAUGAAAAGCCAGCCUACUGUAUGUCACUCUCUGCUGCUGCACAACCCCUAACUACCGGUGCUUUGUGUAAAAAUAACUUACUGCAGUGGGUGGCAAUUUAGGGCUGGAUGAAACAUGAUUUUCAACUGAGCACAUUAUCCUUCUGCAAUCUCACCAAGAUCUCAGGCUGUCAGAGCAUGCAGGUUACUCUUAGUAAUUCAGCAAGUCAUUUAUGUAUUCUACCCUUCUUAGUCGUUAGAUGGACAUUUCACUUGAAGGCCUAUGACACACAUAUUCACUGUAGCCCCACGUAUUAUUGGGGAAAAAGGGAAAGCUAUCACAGCUUAGACAAACCUUGAUCUCAGCUACAUCAGCACAUCUUCAGCUCCAGCUGGGAGCAGGCAUGGUGAUGAGGAAUGCUUUGAUUCUUCUGAGGCAAAAUGUAGCAUCUUGGUGCAAUCUGUCCCUGUUCCUUCUAAGAUCAGAUUACUCCCCAGAGAGUCCCAAAGUGGGGAUUGCAGGCUGCAGGUUCUCGCUGCCCAACCUGUUAGUCCAAAGAGGAGCAAGGUUGUAUUUAAUUUUUGAAAAAAGAUUAGAUAUGAUGGUGUUGAUUCUAUAGUGUAAAAUAUAAUCCACCAUUUCAAAAAAUGAAAUCAACACCGUUUACAGUUUUAGUGAGAAUCCAGAUGGCUGUGUUACAGAGAUGUGUUGGCUCUUGAAGCAGCAAUGGGAGCAGAACCAGAAGAGUUUUAGAAGCCAACCACAUGCUUUAAGAUAAUCCAAAUGUGUUCUCAGACUUCAGGUAGAUAGAGUGACACCUUAUCCUUAGUUUGAGAAAAAACACAUGCAAAUGUAGUUCAUAUUUUUGAUACCUGCUGUGUUUCCGACUGACCACUGAUAUUCUCCAGCAAAACAAACCAAGGACUAAACUAAGCAGUGGAAUUAAUGUGAAUGGUGGCAAUCAUAAAAGAACUUCAUAUGUUUUCCAUUUCCAACUACAAACUACCUAAAGAGGGAUUCAAUUCCAUGUAGUACUCUGGGACUCCAGUUAAUAAGUAACAAAGAUCACUCAACCAGGAAAAGGAAGUUAAAAUCACAGAACCCCUACAGUGUGGAAAUAGGUCAUUCAGCCAACAAUUCUGCACUGACCCUCCGAAGAGUAACCCACCCAGACGCAUACCC